AAGGGAAAAGAGUAACAAACAAAAACCAAAGCAAGAGAGAACACAUCAGAAAGCAGCAGUAUACAGAGUUGUAGUACCAACUGUGAGUCACCCACCGGAGAGAGAACAAUAUUACCAUUUACUGUGGUGCUCGCCGGAACCUCCAUCGUCUCCGGCUGCCGGAAAUUCUCUUUAAGAACCACUGUUCGUGGUCUCAAAUUAUGAAGCCACACUCAACUGAUGAUUUAACCAAAGCCAACGCGAACAGUGAGAGUCGCAUAAGAGAAAGUGAGUAUGUGAGGCUUGUUAUAAGAAGUGAACCAAGAAUAGCUGAGGCAGAUAAUUUAGAGUCUCAAUUACCAGCCAGAAAACGGUCUGCUGUGUGGUGUUUCAAGGCAAUGAUAUGGUGUUCUAUCACUGUAAUUGUUCUUGUAAUCUUCAUAAAAUGGGGACUGCCCUUUCUUUUUGAGAAGGUUCUCAUUCCAUUCCUACAAUGGGAAUCCACUGCAUUUGGCCGUCCAGUUCUUGCCCUCGUACUUGUAGCUUCUUUAGCUUUCUUUCCAGUGGUCCUACUUCCUUCUGGACCAUCGAUGUGGCUCGCAGGAAUGAUCUUUGGAUAUGGUCUCGGAUUUGUCAUAAUCAUGGUUGGAACAACAAUUGGGAUGAUCCUGCCAUACUUGAUUGGUUUGCUUUUCCGAGAUAGAAUUCAUCAAUGGUUGAAGAGAUGGCCUCGGCAGGCGACCUUGGUUAGAUUGGCAGGAGAAGGAAGUUGGUUUCAUCAAUUUCGUGUGGUUGCAUUAUUUAGGGUUUCUCCAUUCCCAUACACAAUCUUCAAUUAUGCAGUAGUAGUUACAAGCAUGAGUUUCUGGCCUUAUUUAUGUGGAUCAAUAGCAGGAAUGAUUCCUGAAGCCUUUAUAUACAUCUACAGUGGUCGGCUAAUAAAGACAUUUGCUGAUGUCCAAUACGGAAACAUCCACCUGACUCCAGUUGAGAUUGUAUAUAAUGUAAUUUCCUUCAUCAUAGCAAUCAUCACAACAGUAGUUUUUACGGUGUAUACGAAGAGGACACUGGAUGAACUUGAAAGGGCUGAAGAUAUUGAGGGUGAAGGCUCUGUAUUUGACAAUGGCAAGCUAGAAAUGGGGCCGCUUCCCAGUGGUAAAAUCAUGCGUUUGGAUUGAAAAUAGGGACAACUUUCAUGCCAAAUGCUGUUGGAGGGAAUAUAUUUCAUCUUUUAGUAACAAGGGUCUCCGGCCUGGGAUAUCUAAGGAGCUUAGUGUAAAUAAAUUUAGCACAGAGGCCUCCUUUUAUAUCCUUCCAUAUUUGUAAUUACAAAAUGAAAAGGGGAAAAAAUAAAGAAGAAAAAGUUUUGCAUAAAGCUGUGAUGUCUAACUAAUUGAUUUUAUUCUUUCACCAAGUAAUGAUAGUCUAACUUUGUUACAGAGAAAACAAUGGUUCCCUGAGAAUGGAUGAGCCUGUUUUUGUCUUUA